AUGGAGAAGACACCCCAGCACGACCUGUCCAGAUUGCCAGACAACACUGCCCUGAAGCAGCAGAACUUGCCUGCCCAGCAGCUACAUUUCUCCGCCACAGCAGUCCUGUCUAUCUUUUUUGCCACGGGAGUAUUCUGCCUUUGUAUGGGCAUCAUCCUUAUAUUGUCUGCAAACAGCAUCCAGGAAAUAGAGAUUAAUUACACAAAAAUAUGUGCAAAUUGUGCAAAACUGCGAGAAGAUGCCUUUAAUUUUGACAAAGAAUGCAACUGCUCUAUUCCCUUUUACCUCUCACGGGAAAUGAAGGGUAAUGUUUAUAUGUAUUACAAAUUGUAUGGCUUCCAUCAGAACCUCUAUCGAUAUAUUCUAUCCAGAAGUAAUAGCCAACUGGCGGGUAAAGAUGUGAUGGCUGUUGAGGACUGUGCUCCAUUCAAAAUGUCCCACAAUAAGACUCCCAUCGCUCCUUGUGGUGCUAUUGCCAAUAGCAUGUUCAAUGACACCAUAAUUCUUUCAUAUAACCCUACUUCAUCUAUGCAUAUCAAAGUCCCAAUGCUAAGCAGUGAAAUUACAUGGUGGACAGAUAAGUAUGUCAAAUUUCAUAAUCCACAUUACACUAAUCUUGCUGAUGAAUUUGCAGGAACCACAAAGCCCCCAAACUGGCCUAAGCCUAUCUAUGAACUUGAUGAAAAGGACCCAAAAAACAAUGGCUUCCUCAAUGAUGACCUCAUUGUGUGGAUGCGGACAGCUGCCUUUCCCACUUUCAAAAAACUGUACCGUCGGCUCAUUCGAACACACCAUUUCAUUAAAGGAUUGCCUGCUGGUAAUUAUAGUUUCAACAUAACCUAUAACUUUCCGGUAACCAGGUUCCAAGGAGAAAAAUCGGUUGUUCUUUCUACCCAGACACAGUAUGGAAGUAAAAGCCGUUUCUUAGGUCUUGCCUACACAGUGACAGGAGCUGUGACGUGGUUGGCCUCCUUUUCCAUAAUGGCAAUUCACUUGAUGAAAAAAAGGGAACCAUUCUUCCCCAAGCAGUAA